AGACUUGGACACACCCAGAAAUGUCACACAAUUUAUCCAGACCAUCGUUCACGAUGCCGCUGUCGAUCUCGAGGUUGACAUGUUCAUUGCAGACAUCUUAGCUGAUGUGGCUGAGAACCUAAUUCAGAUAGAACAAAAGAUCAAGCCUUACGUUCAGACCAUCAUUGGCGAGGCUAUUCUUGAUCAUGAGAUCCAAGUUUACUUGUCUGAAAUCUUUGCUAAUGUGACAGAAGACUUCCACCUCAAAGAACUUCACAUCAAGACAUAUAUCCAGACUGUUACACAGGAUGCAUGUCUGGAGCUUGAAAUUGAGGAGCACCUGGAUGGAAUCUUUGCCUCUGUCACACGGGAGAUCGCUCUUGACCGAGCGAUAGACACAUAUCUCAACGAUAUUUUUGCUACUGAGCUUUCCCACCUGAAGUGCAAAUCUUCUGCUAAGAAUAUCGUUGAGAUGAUUACCCAGAGGGCAGCAUUUAAAUGCCAUAUUGAUGCAUUCAUUGGCGGAAUAUUUGAGGAUGUCAUUGGCAAACAAAUGUCACCAAUGGAGCCCUCAAAACCAACACCACAGAAAAGAUUGCUGACCCCACCAUCGGUCCAACCACCACCACUACCCCCUCAACCAGAACCAGCAAUGGCACCACAGUCAGAACAACUGCGGGUUUCGGCACCAGAGCCAUUGCAGCUGGCCGCGACUCAAUUAGAAUUGCAGUCUACCCCACCACCAAAGCCAUUGCCAGUUCCUCCAUCAGAAUACCAACUAGCAUCGCGACAAAUAGCGAAACUACCAACUCCACCAAAGCCAGUACCAGGACCUUCUUCAGAAGAACAAAUUAAAGUACAACCCGCGGCAUUACAAGCGCCACAACCAGUUCCACAAUCAGAUCCACUGCCGGUGCCACCGUCAGAAUCAAUGCAAGCAUCUCCACUAGCGGCUGUACUACCAGCAUCAACAUCCAAUCAAUUGACAGUACCACCAGUAGCGUUGCCACCAGUCCAACCACUAGAACAACUACCAGCACCACAGUGUCCACUGCCGGUGCCACCGUCGGAAUCGAUUCUACCAGUCCAACUACCAGAACCACCACUAGCACCUCCACCAGCAGGACAAUCACUACUAGCAGCACCGGUGCUAUCAGUCAAGCCACUAGAACCAGUAAUAGCACCAUCCGAUUUACUAUCAGAACCACCACCAGCAGCGUGGCUACCAGUUCAACCGCCAGAACAACUAUUAUCACCACAAACAGUGGCACUUCCGUUGUUACAACCUGAACCACUCCAUGCUACGCCUAUGCAAUUGCAGGAAUUCCCUUCAGAACCACCGUUAGCAAGGCAACCAGGGGGACUCCCAGAGCCACCACGUGAGUCAAGACCAGAUCCAGCAUCUGGAAAGCUUGCAGGACAACUAUUGUCAAAUCCAAAGUCUUUUCCAUCUUCUGGAGAGCUGCAUGCAAAGAUACCCUCACUUACGCCAUUAAACCCGAAACAACUACCAGUACUGGAUAUCGCUUGGGACGAUCGCAAUCCCUUGAAGAUCUGGGUAGAGAGAGCUCAAGAUCUACUUGAUAAAUCAGAGCCUAUCCCAUUUCCUCCACCCAUAGGGCGUCCACCUGUUCCCAACGCGAUACAGUCAAGUCCCGUGUUAUUACUUCGGCAAGAACUUCUCAACGGCCGUCUGGACUUAAAUGGCAAAGACAGUCAACAGACUGAAACAGGGGAAUGUGAAAGCCCUGAGAUCGGCUACUCUGGGAGUGCCGUUCACCGCGGACGCUCGUUUAUUACCUACAAGCUCCAUCAGAAUCAUUGCGCAUCCCGGGAGAGCAUGCGACAACAUAAUUCUGGAAGUAUGUGCCAACAGGUCAUUACAACUUCCGAUUCAACCGGCAACACUUCUACCAACCGGGAAACUUGCAACACUCGCCGGAACCCUGUCAGGAGGUCAAGUGAUCAGAGCUACCUUCGCCGUGGUUACCGCGGUCACACCAAUCGCAGAUAGAUCCUCAAACUGAGAACUGCUUCAUCGAUACUGUAUAGGCUUACAGACGACGGAUUGAAAUUCCAAUGCCGUUAACAAUUACUCAGGAUGAAGUCAAGGGACAUGCCCUACAUGUAGUUGACUUGGCUUUCAUCAGAAACUCAUACAAGUUCUGCAGAAACCACGCAGCCUUGAGCAAUACCAAUAUAAAUUUCCGGACAAUAAUAACGUUGGAAAUGGAGAAAAUAGCCAAUAGAAACACUUGAUGAAAUGGCUUGAAAUAACAAACAAUUUAAGAAAUGAUGAAUAAAAUAAAUCCUCCCUCGUCUAACAAAGAAACGUUACUGAAAAAAAUUAUAGCAAAUACCGCGCAAAAUGGAAAUUAAUAUAAAUGUAAAUACUAUUCCAAUAAAAACAUCGUAUUAAGAUAUAUCAUUUAGUUUGUCUGUUUGUUUGUUGUUUUAUUCACCAUGUUUAAAUAAUAUCUACAUUGGCGAAAAUGGUGUUAAAUUUACAAACAAGUAAACACAGUAGGAACAGUGCAUAAACAAAAGCUGACGUAAAGCGAAGAAAGCCUUGAGUAGUUGUGAGGUAGUGUAGUUGUGUUUCGUAACACUUGAUGAUUCUUUGGUGGUAUGAUCCAUCAGUGCACCCCUUGAG